AUGAGUGGCACAGGACUCGGAUGGCCCGCUUUAGUGCCACCAUACCGCAACCGCCUUGAAGAGUGGUUUAGCACGCCUGAGAAAUUGUAUGCCUCAUUCGACACGAGGGAAGAGCUUGUAUCAUUGCUUAGGGCUUGCGAUAACACGCUUCUUGAAAGUAGCCUGCAGUUGAUUGCGGAUGCACUUCUUGAAUGGCAUGCAGACAAUGCCCGCACAGUUGCGAGUGGGCGCAGGGAAGCAAGGAGGCGCUUGACAGAGUGCUUGCCCAGUGUCCCGGGAACUGGCCUUAGCUUGCAUGAGCAUUACAAUCAGAUCGCACUUCAGAGUCCACUUGCGUUGCUUCCGGUUCUUCGCAAGCGGAAGUUAGCUACUGAUAGGGUCGUAGAUCGCGGUGCCAGGGCCACUGAAGAGAUACGACUUCGGCAGGAGUAUGCCUUGCGUCUUGCAGCCAUCAUGCAGGAGGCGCAACUGCCGGUGUGCAAGGUGCUUGCAGGGGUCAGCAAUGCCGAGGAAGCCUGGCCACGGCUGUUCGGGACCCGUCGAUCCAAGACAUUGAGGAAUCGCUUUAGGGCUUGGGAUAAGUUUCGGGAAUGGUUGCUUUAUAGCCGUGGCAGAAGUUAUCCGGAAGGGGUAGCUGAUGUGCUAGAUUAUGCCAAUGAACGAUUCCAGGAAGGAUGUGGAAAGACAGUUCUCGAAAGCCUGCAAGCCUCUCUCAGUGUAAUUGAAGGUGUAGGGCGCGUGCCGUCCACGCAGCAGAUAUCUCAGGAUCCCACAUGGCAGGCGCAGCUCAAAAGUUACACAGCCGAUUUGGUUUCGGCGGCACCGCCGGAGCAGCCAGCCAGCAUGCUCACCGUUGCUAUCAUCCUCGCAUGUGAGAUCUUCGUUUGCACGCCUGGGGAGCCUAGUUACUUGAGAGCAUUGGGCUUUGUUUGCUUAUUGAUGGUUUGGGGAUCGCUUCGGGCUGAUGAUGUUCAGGGGCUCCUGCCGCAGACCAUGCUUCUGGACGAGCGAGGGCUUAGCAUUGAUCUCGCGCGGUCCAAGACUACAGGGCCCGACAAAAGGACCCACACCGUCAAGGUCUUCGUGGAACGGAGUAUCUCUCUGACAGGGCAUGAUUGGCUGAAGGUCGGAUAUGCACUUUGGAAGGAUUUCGAUUUUGAGAGGGAUUAUUUGGUUUUGAAGGCCAAUGAAGGUUUCACGGAACCCCUUGAGAAGUCGGUGCCUUCCUCCACGGUGGCCCUUUACUUCCGCAAAGUUCUCAGUGAGUUGAAGACGCCCAAGCGUGAGGGGCGCACCUGGAAGGCCAAUGAUCCGCGUCCGCUGCUCCCAGGAUACACUUCCAGUCAUUUUACGGGCCAUUCUGCGAGGAACUUCCUUAGCUCGGUCGGAGCGGCCAUCGAUGUCGACCCCAGGGAGCUUGAUUAUCUGGGUCGCUGGAAGGUAGGUGGCGAAGGUUCUGCAACCUACAUUCGCACUUCUAGGCAGGUUGUGCAUCGUCUCCAGAGUCACAUUGCUUGUUCUCUUGUCACCGGACAGCCUAAGCACUACAUCGAGGUGGAUUCCAUCAAGGCUUUGACGGACUAUGCAGCUAAGGCGGGGGAGAGCGAAUCUCAGGUUCGUCGCCGUCACACCCUCCUCGAGGGAUCCAAAGGCUUGGGCGGAUCGUGGCCAACUCUGGCAUUGGAAGUGGGUGUUGCGGCACCACCUUCUCCGGUCGAGCAGGUCUCGAUGCCAGGCAGCCGGGGGAAUUACUUCAUCGUUACCUCUCGCACCACAGGCCUGAGGCGUUUGCACAUGUUGGGCUGCUAUGUCAAACCUGAGAAUUGUUACGAUGUAAAAUUUGUCAAUCAUGUCGGCGCGGAGGACGUCGAUAACAUUUGCAAAGAUUGCAAAGCAAGAAUGAAGGCUCAGGCCGGAGAGGAGGAAUCAGACCCCUCCAGCAGUGACAGUGGGAGCGAGUCGAUGCGAUUCCAGGCAAUCGCCGAUUCCCGGCCGGAAGCUCGGGCUGCUGGGAAGGCGGACUUUGGUUUUGAUGAUGGGGCUGCUGAAGGGCGGCAACAAAUCGCGGGGGUCGUCGCUGCAUGGGAACUUGCACGCGACGUAAUCAGCAAAGAGACGGAAACGCGAGCAGAGGCGAAAGUGUUAGGCCAGCCGCGAAUCUUGCAAGUCACAGAGAGGCAAGCCAUGCUCAAGGCGGUAGCGGCCGUUCACGGGCAGCUGGGAGAGUCGGAGACUCCAUCGUCUGAGUACCUCGCUCUCAAGUGCGAGGAGUGCGAAGCCAAUGAGCCCCAGGCUUCAACCUUGGAUGCCAUAACUUCGAAGAAGAACACGCUCACCACGAGCAUCCAGUCCAGCCUUGACGCUUCGGGGCGAAUUCAUAUUACUCAGCACAAAUCCAAGAGUGAGCUCCCGACUACUACAGAAGCUUAUCGCAAGGUCCUUCGCGUGGAAGCUUUCACAUGGCUGUGCAUGGCAUCCCGCUUUAAAUCCAAGCAGUGGCUUCAGGAUCUCAAGCUGUCUGACUUCGACCACUUUGUGAACUACAUCCUUGGCGAAAAGGUCGCGCAGCUCACAGUGCCUACUUCUCAUCAGCCAGCCGAUGAGACCUACUUCACGACGCCGCUCGCCUUGUCCAUCAUUGAGCGACCACGCAAGUGGCACAAAGGCAAGGGCAAGGAAGGAUUGUGGCAGCACAUCUUUCAGUUGCUUGGCGAAGGGGAUUGGAUCCUCAUUGAUCUCGGUGCGACUCCGGAUCACGAGUUACCAGGUUCCAUUUGGCAACUACCCGCUCUGCGUGAGCUCCAGGCCUUUGUCGAGCAGCCUCCGCCUUUUGCUUCAUGGCCACGCUUCGACUCCAGCGAUCGCUACGUGCGGCCGUUGCCGCCACGCUGCCCGCACGGGAAACACGACAAAGUACUUGCAGGCUUGUACCGGAAGGGUGGAGGCCUGAUCGGGCUCAGGUCCGCGUGCAAAGGCUUCCCGGCUUCCACUGAAGCAUUGGCAUCCUUCGUGCGUAGCAACAUGCCCGGGCACCCCUUUACCACGAUUAGCCUUUACCUUAACACCGGCACCAAGCCCCACAAGGACUCCAGGAACGCACCUUUGCCCAAUGGGAUAAUAGGGGUUACUGACUUCGUAGGAGGAGAGAUCUGGGUCGAGGCCCAGGAUGGGGAGUCUGUUCAGAUUGUUGACGGUAAGCGCUUAAGUGGUCACCUUCUUCCGAUCAGUGAGACACCCACCUACAUACAUGCUUACCGCGAUCUUCACCUCACAAUGCCCUGGAAAGGUAAGAGAUUGGUCAUCAUAGCUUUCAGUGUAUCGGAGCAUACUCAGGCAUGCGAUGAGGAUCUCGCGUUUCUUCGCGGGCAUGGUUUCGUCCUUCCGGGCGAAGAGCACAGUGCUGAUCUUGAGGCGGUCCAGUCAGAUGAUUCGGAGGUGCUGGAGGGGGGCGAGGUCGAAAGACCGGAGCCCUUCAAGCAUCAGGAGUGCCACAACAUCGGGCUGCCUUUGAACCUCGAGUGGGAUGGCAAAACUCAGCCGAUCACGGAUGGCUUUGGGCUCUGCUCACCCACUAGAUGGCCUCCGGAAGCCAGGGGGGGCCUGCUGCCCAAGCAGGCUUUGGAGUUCGCCACUGCCAUGCAUCAAGUGCUUCGAGACUUUGUAGCGGACGUCGUGCCUGAUAUCAGGCGCACGGCGAUGGAGCUUGCGCUAGGCCGCCUUAAGGAAUCACCUUUCACUCCCGAGAUGUUAAGGGUCCUUAGGAAGGAGUGGUUUAGUUGCAUAGAGGCUGCUUCGGGAGGCAAGUGUACGGAUCUUGAUGUGGUGCCGAGUGGCCAGCCAUUCUUCUUGCAUGCUGUGUCUGCGACAGCGCGGCUGUUGCAGGACCCAGAUUGGAAAGCCGUUUCUUGCCAGGAGGACUCCUAUGUGAGCGGGGUCGCGAUCGGUUAUGACUGCCCCGUCGCCGCAGCAAGAUCGGUCAAGAGAGCAGGCGUGGCCUUCCGCGCUGAUGCAAAGUGCGCGGACGGGUACGUGGUCCUUGGGGGUUGGGAUUGCGCAGGCACAACUCAGGAGUCCAGAUGGUUCUCACUUCGACUUACUCCCUCAGAGGCCCCUUACCUCUUUGACUCAGAAGGUCACAGUCAGUGGGCUUCGGCAUCGGCUGAAUUGCUGGCCACGCUGGCCGCACUGCACAUCUUCGGUCACCUUGAAGCCGGGCCAACUAGGCGUUUGAUGAAGGUUGAGGUUUUAGCUCAGACGGAUAAUAAGUCUAACGAGGGCUUGACUCGCAAGGGUUCUACAACGCGCUGGCCCUUGCUCAUGGUGAACAUGCAGCUCACCCAUGUUCUCAUGAAGGCCGGCUUGCGGUUGAACUUGGGAUGGCGUCCACGGGACGAAAAUCAGGAGGCCGAUGAUUUAACCAACGAAAUCUUCGACCGUUUCUCUGAGGAGUUGCGGGUCCCAGUGCAGUACUCCGAAUUGCCGCUUUCCUUUCUUCACACUCUUUACGAAGCCAGGCGUGCACAGCUGAGCAGCCGUGAAGUGGAUUCCAUCCGCGACACGGUCGGUGGCAGGCCACGCUUCAGAGGCAAGAGAAAGAGAGAGAAGUCUCCUUGGUGA